UGGCGCGGCCGCCGCCCUCCGGGCGCUAGGAGCCGAGGGUCCCCGGCCAGGCCUCGGCCCCGCGGUCCCGUUGCCCUGCAGCCCACGGCUCAGGCCUCAUGUCCCGCUAGGGACGGCCGCGUCUGCCCGCCUCGCUCCGGUCAGCGUGACCCACCUCCGCCCGGGAGGAGGAGCUGCGACGCCGAGCAGCGGGCGGAGCAAGAGGCUGGCAAGAGCGUGCGAGCGAGGCCGCGCGGGCCGCGGGCGGUUCGUAUCAGCGGGGUCGAAGGAGGAGCCGGGCCCGCGCGCGGCGGAGGCGGCUCGGCGGCGGGGACGCAGGCCGCAGGCGCUCCUACUUCCAAGGCGCUCGGUCGGGCCUUAGCUGCCUGCCGGCCGCAGGCCCCGGGCGCCGCCGGCUGCCGAGGACCGUCCCCGGGACGGUGGCUACGCGAGGCGCGGGAGUCCGCGCGGAGGCCUGGACGGCGCGGCCAGGUGAUGUGGGCCCUUGUGCUUCUGCGGAGGAAAGGGACCCCCGAGCGGCCGGGUCCCGGCACUGGCCCCGCCGAGCUCUUUGACCUCAGCCCAUAGGGAAAUCGGGGACAGCACCCCCCAUCCCGCCCCGAGCUCGGCGAAGUGCGCUUGAGGAUGCUGUGAUCAGGGAGUCGGGCUCUCCCUGCGGGAGGGGCACCACCUGCGCUCCUGAACUCGGUGCACGGACAAACAAAUCCAAACAACAAUAAAAGGGGGACAGAAUGAUGCUGUCCGAGCAAGCCCAAAAGUGGUUUCCAACCCACGUGCAGGUCACAGUGCUCCAAGCUAAAGAUCUGAAGCCAAAAGGCAAAAGUGGCACCAAUGACACAUACACCAUAAUUCAGUUGGGCAAGGAAAAAUACUCCACGUCCGUAGCCGAGAAAACCCUGGAGCCGGUCUGGAAGGAGGAGGCCUCCUUUGAGCUGCCCGGGAUGCUCAUGCAGGGCAAUCCUGAGAAAUACAUUCUUUUCCUUGUAGUGAUGCACAGGUCCCUGGUGGGGCUGGAUAAGUUUUUAGGGCAGGUGGCAAUUAAUCUCAAUGACAUCUUUGAGGACAAACAAAGAAGGAAAACAGAGUGGUUUAGAUUAGAAUCCAAACAAGGAAAAAGAAUAAAAAACAGGGGUGAGAUAAAGGUCAAUAUUCAGUUUAUGAGGAACAAUAUGACAGCAAGUAUGUUUGACUUGUCGAUGAAGGAUAAAACAAGAUCUCCUUUUGCAAAAUUAAAAGAUAAAAUGAAAGGGAGAAAAAAUGACGGAACGUUUUCUGAUACAUCUUCCGCCAUCAUUCCAAGUACUCACAUGCCCAAUACCAGUACUGAAUUUUCAAGUGGUGAAAUGCAGAUGAAAUCCAAACCAAAGAAGCCUUUUCUUUUGGGUCCUCAGCGGCUCUCUUCUGCGCAUUCCAUGUCUGAUUUAACUGGGUCCCACGUGUCUUCAGAGAAGCUGAAGUCUGGCGCCAUAGGCCCGACACAUGUUCUCAGCCGCCAGAUAGAUCCCUUUGGAGUUGUUCCAGAAAGUGGAAGUCUCAAGUCUCCACACAGAAGAACACUGAGCUUCGAUACUUCUAAACUGAACCAACGUGACAGCAUUGUGGAUGAAGGUGAACCCUCUUUCGGGAGACAGAAUGACCCAUUUACAAACGUGACUGCUUCAUUACCCCAAAAAUUUGCAACACUGCCAAGGAAGAAAAAUCCGUUUGAAGAAAGCAGUGAGUCAUGGGACAGUGGUGUGAAUUUAUUUUCAAAAGCAAUUGAAGUGAGGAAAGAAAAUAAGAGAGAGAAAAGGGAGAAAGUGAGCCUCUUUGAAAGAGUGACUGGGAAGAAAGACAGCAGGCGCGCCGAUAAGCUCAACGGGGGCUCUGAUAGCCCCUCUGACUUGAAAUCACCUAAUGCAUUUAGUGAAAAUCGGCAGGACUGUUUUGAUUAUGAGUCAACCAAUCCGUUUACAACAAAAUUCAGGGCUUCAACUCUGUUGCCAUCUUCAAGUUUUCAUGUGAAUCCGACAAGCAGUGAAGACCUCAGGAAAAUCCCGGACAGCAACCCUUUCGAUGCCACAGCAGGGUAUCGGAGUCUGACCUAUGACGAGGUGCUGCAGGAGCUGGUGAAGCACAAAGAACUCCUUCGGAGGAAGGACACCCACAUCCGGGAGCUGGAGGACUACAUCGACAACCUCCUUGUCAGGGUGAUGGAGGAAACCCCCAGCAUCCUCCGAGUGCCCUAUGAGCCGUCUAGGAGAGCUGGCAAGUUUGCCAAUAGCUAGUGGAGCCGAUGGCGCCGUGUCUGUCAUUAGGAAGUGAGAGGGAGAGGGUAGGAAGGAAGAGAGGGGAAUGCAGUACUGGAAGGAGACCACACCAUCAGGUUUCAUUUCAUACCCUCCUUCAUUGGGAAAAACCGUCUGACCUGUCAGAAUUGACAGGAACUAUCAAGAGUGACCUUUGAAGUGAGCCAAAGACUCUGAUCGCUUAAGGUGAACAUGGGCCAGUGUCUCGGUGAGUAACAGCUCUGUGGCAUUCACUUGGGUGCUGGUGCUGGAACCCAGUCUGCCAUAGGCCCAGAAAUGCCUUUAGCAGCCCACGAGUUAUUCCUCAGGAAUAGAUUCCAUAUAGCAGAAUUGAGACUGGUUGGAUUCUCAGAGGUCAGUGUGUAGACAUACUUAGCGUCAAGAAUACUGCUCUUUACAAACACUACUGAAAAAAUGGUUCCUAUUUUAUAUACACGUAUCCGUACGUGAAUAGAUAUGUUCAUGUGUCUUUGUAUAUAAAGUACAUGCAUAUACCUCAUACACAUGUGUGUUUUUAGAACAUUUCAAAACAAGUGGUCGCCUCUAAGGUUAGGAUAGCACUUUUAGUCUAAAUGCGCUUUUGCAGUAUCCACACAAGACUGGUCAUUGGCAGGACUAUCUCAGCUCUGUGGUGACUGCUUCAGACCACUCCUGACUCAACCUGAUUUCAAAGUGAGUCGCUGUGUCUAAUUCCAGCAUUCAGCUUUAGCGCCUGUCCCCCAAAGUGACGAUCUAAGGUCUUUUUUCAAGGACUGACCAGGUCUGAGUCUGGACUCACUUGACAGGAGCGUCAGUGUCUUUCCGGCAGUGCUCACCUGCUCUGUGUUUUCUAUACAACAAGAGCAGAGGGUAAGCGGCACCCUCUGUUUGUUCUGCUGGGUUUUGCCUUUGAAUCACUAGCAAAGAAAGUACGUUUGGGGGUAGGCGGUCAUCUGGUGCCCGAUCACCCAAAGUAACGCACAGAUUCUAGGAAUGGAAAAUUAGUCUGGGUUUCAAGUUUCAUCAGUAAUAGAACAGAUGGUCGCCUUUGAGCCUUGACUCAGUGUGGCAGCGAGCACUGGGGAGAAGCCCUUCACUGCCGAGAGGGUGCGUGGUGCUUUAGGAACUUAUUUGCCACUGAAUUUAUGGGAUCUUUUUUAAGCCCAUCUCCCCAGAACAUCAGUUCCUCCAUGGAUUAGUUUUAUGUUUGUACAAAACUAUUUUGAAAUUCAAAGUGAACAACAAGUUGAAAGUGUUGCUGAUCUGAUCUUUCAACCUUGAAAAUCCAAAACACUGAAACCCAGUCUGUGUCUAAAGUGAAAAUGAAAAGAUCACCUGCAUAUGGAGACUUGAUCAAUCCCUAAUCCUCUAGUGGGUUAAUGUUUCCUGAUAUUUAUCUCUAGUCAGACUUCACUCAAACAAAAACAGAAAUAAUAGUUUUGCUUAUUUUAAUAUUUUUUAGUCACAGAACUUGGUCAAGCUUAUGUUCAUAAAUGUGUUACCUGUUUUUUUCUGAGUUUCUGUGUUUUAACAUGCAUUUUUAAGUGGUGAGAUUUGUGUCCCAAAUGCACCCUUAAAUACCUUUCUAAAAUUUAAAAAUGGAGAAGGAAAAAAAUAGUCAUUUUAAAAUCAAAAUUUCCCUUCACUUAUAAUUAAACAUAUUCUGUAAUAAACUUAAAAAUCUAGUAUAGGAUCUGAUUUUCCGGUUGGAAGUCUCAGUGACUAUUAUUUUUAAAUGGUGCCAUUUUAAAUUAACUUCUGGUAAAUAUGAAAUUCUUAGCAAAUUUUUAUCUUGGUAUUGUUGAGACUCAAACAUUUGAGCACCCUAGUCCGUGUGUUUUCAGUAUUAUGACAGGUAUCUGCAGGUACAGUUGUAUACGUUAGCCAGAUCUGUUCUUUGUAGAAUGAACCUGAGCUGUUUUGUCCUGGGAAUACAUUUUCCAUAAAUAAACCUCACUAAAGAGCAUGGUUCAAAUACUGUUGCUCUUUUUAAUGAGAAGUUUGUUUAUAAGGAGCAGUUCUUUGCCUCUAUAAAAAUUGAUAGUAGACACCUCCUUUUAUGAGUGAUUGGCUGUACUGAACCAGUGUUUUGUCUUCAGAGUCCGAGACAAGGCUUUGUCCAGUGGUAGUCUUGUAGCCAGUGAGGUUUAUCCAAGGUACAGAUACUGCUGCCUGAAAACAAAAUAUAAGACAAAUGUAUUUAAAACUAAAUCUGCAUUUACUGCUUUAGAAAAUGUGGUGUUGCAGGUUUUGAGAAUUUUUCCUCAUGACCCAGAACACAUAUUUUUAUCAUCAGUCCACAUAACAAACUUAAAGCUCCCAAGUAAAUUACAGUGUGUCCUUUGUUUGAGCAGAAAUGCAAACCUGGGUGUCUGCAGUUUCCAACAUUGUAAGGAAAAAAGCCAGGAAGAUCAUCUAGGCUUAUUUUUCCAAAAUUUAUUGCAAAAUAUUUAAUGAUUUACUUUUCUGGUAACUUGAAGUGGAAGCGAAAUUUCUGUGCUCACUAAAUAAUGCACGGCACAAUCUAUUUAUAAGGAAAUUAUACUUCUGUUUUUAAUGCCUAAAAAAUCCACGCUCAAAACAUUCCCACCUACAGCAGUUUUUAAAAUCACAGAAUCAAUACUUAUCUCAAGCCUGAUUUAAGUGAACAUACGUACUUGUGUUACAUAAUUAAACUUUCUGCUCGCUCUCUUUAAAUAAAACAGUGUUGUUUUACAACCAGUCUCCUCCCAGUCCUAACACUCAGCUUUGACAGUGUUGCCCACGCCAUCCAGCCGUAGGGCUUCAGUUUUCAUUUAUUGGGCACCAAGGUCAUUACUUAGACUUGUAUAUAAAAUAUCGUGUAACCUGUUUGUAAGUGUUGGAAGUAUUGCUUCUUGCUGCUGUGUUCUGCAUUGAACCUUGUUUUGCCUUCCUCCCACCAAUGUAGUAUUCAUAGAUUAUACUUAACUAUGUGUAUUGCUUUUGGCAGUAAAUCAAGAUUUAGUUGUAAUUUUCCAGCUGUGAAAAUGUUGCCUUGCAUUUAAAAGGGUUUCAUGAAUAGAAACCUAAGUAAAACAGAGCUCAUUAGUGACAGACCUGCUUUUCCAUAUCUCCCCUUUGCCAUGUCCCCCCACGCCUGCCUCCUCCUGCCUCCCACCCCUAUAUGGGUACUUAUUCUUUAACAAGGAGAAUCUUUGAAAAAGGGGAAAGAAAAACGUGCUGUCUCUAAGUAUCUACAGUAACUGCCACACUAAAGCCUUUCUUUUCCUCUGUAGUUGUUUUCCUCUAAAACAUAAAGCAGCCCACCUCGGAUUUGUAAAACAAGCUGGAACUCUUUGAAGACCACGUCCCCAUCUGUCCUGUGUGUAUGUCCACGAAUGUGAAGCAUGCCCAGUCCUUUGAGCUCUCUGCAGCAGAGGGAAAGGAUUGUGCUGCAGGCUCGUGGUGGUAUUGGAAAGGGUCUGUCAGCACGCAUUGGAAGCCCACAUUUUCACAGAUUUAUAACUUUCGUAAUCCAGACAUAGUCCUUGGCAGUAUUUAAUAUGCAAUAGGUAGCACCUUAACUAAUUAAUCUGCAUAUGAAGGGCUUUCUGAUGCGUUUAAUAAGACAUGUAGAAACUCCUCAAGCAUUAAACUAAAGUUGACAUUUUAUUUCAUUUACUUUUCUCUGUCAAAAAAAAAAACAAACUCUUAUAAUGGAAUUGAAGCCUGUUGAUGGUACAUUUGGUCCCAUUAAUUCCUGAAGCUUCCAGGUGGUUGAUUUGUGAGGUACAAAAAAAAAAAAAAAAAAUGCUGCAGAUUCAGAAAUGUAUAUACUUAGCAAGUGUUUGAGUGAUGUAAGCAUUAUUUAUAAUUGAAGAAUAUUGCCCUUACCUUCCUAAGUCAAUGCUUAGUAACUUGUAUACACUUUGCAGGUACAAACACCGAAGUAUGUAAACAUUGUAUAAUGUGACCAUUGUAUAAUUUAUGUAAUCUGAUGCAUGAAUCCAAAUUUUAUAUAUGAUUAUUGAUUUGUUAUAGUUGAUUAAAGUGUUUAAACUUAA